AUGGCGCUGAUCACGACUGAAACCAAGGCACCCCAGUUCUUCGAUGAUCGGAAGCCGCUCACAGAUCCUCCGUCUGUCGCGGUCACACCGUGUGAUCCGUGGCCUCGACCGUAUUACCUCGAGAAUGGCCUCCGGCGUGUGGCUCCUUAUCAUUUCACAUACAAUACCUACUGUAAACAGCGAUGGCGGGGGCGGGAAAUCCUCGACAUCUUCGCUGCUGAGUUUCGAGACCGCACGCGCGAGUACUACAAGCAGGCGAUCGAGACGGGCCAGAUCUCAAUUAACGGGAAACCAUGUAAAGAUGUCCAUACCAUUGUUCAGAAUGGCGAUGUCAUCUCACAUACGCUGCACAGACACGAGCCGCCGGUGACGGCGCAGCCGAUUCGAGUCAUCAAUGAAACGGAUGACAUGAUUGUUAUCGACAAGCCUGCCGGUGUGCCCGUCCAUCCGGCUGGUCGGUACAACUACAAUUCGGUCGUCGAGAUCAUGAAAGCCGAGCGCCAUUUCGCCUUCAAACCCUUGCCCUGCAACAGACUUGAUCGGUUGACGAGUGGUGUCAUGUUUAUUGGGAAGACAAGCAAAGAGGCGGAGGCGAUCAGUGAAAAACUGCGCGGGCGGACAGUCCGCAAGGAAUACGUUGCAAGAGUCAAAGGCCGAUUCCCUGACGGAGACGGCUGGGACGGUGACCCAAUGCGCGGAGGGAUUGUGAAAUGUGAGGAGAGCAUUCUGCAAAUCAGUCCCAUUGUUGGACUCAAUCGAGCUCGAGCGAGCGGGAAAUCUGCGAAGACAUUGUUCAGACGCCUGGCAUAUUAUCCUCACAAACCACACCCAACGACAAACCCGAAGGCCACCUCGAACUCGAACGGGUCAUUGACGAAUAAUCAGACGGAGGCCCAACCGGCACCAGCAAUCUCCGGUACGGAGAAUGAAGGCUACAGCAUUGUCCACUGCCUUCCUUUGACGGGGCGAACGCAUCAAAUCCGAGUCCAUCUACAGUUUCUAGGUCACCCGAUCACGAACGAUCCAAUAUACAGCAACAGAGCUGUCUUUGGGCCUGGUCUUGCCAAAAAUGAUUCGAGCCCAGAGAAGGACGAGGAGAUUAUAGCGAAGCUCAAAUUGGUAGGGAAAAGUGAGGUCUCUGACUCCAUAUCAUAUGAGCAGGAGCGACUGGCGAUGCUUGUGGACCAGACACAACAAAUGACUGUGACUGGGGCGGCCAAGUUGAGCGAAGCGUCACGUUCAUCUGCCUCAACUGGGGAGGACCCAUUCUUCAAACCGUUACCGGCUGGCACGUUACAUGCCGGGUCUCUCGGAGGAUCGGGGGAGGAUGCCAUGCACAAUGACGCUCAAUACGGGGCAUUCGUGAAAGCACACGAUGAGAUGGUGGCAGACUACAACAAGCGGAAAGGAGAAAAGAUGACAGGCGAGAGAUGUCCAGUAUGCGACACUCCAUUAUACUCGGACCCUGGUCCUCAUGAACUGGGCAUAUAUCUUCACGCCCUCUCGUAUGCCGAUGUGGCCGAAGGUAGCUGGAGCUAUCGCAGCCCUGCGCCACAAUGGGCGUUGCCUCCAGAUGGUGUCGAUGGGCCAAGGGAUAUUGGUCCGUGGGAGUAUCGUGGUGAUGAAGUCUUAGAGAUAGGCGACGAGAAGGAGGAUGAGAAGGCGAAGAAUCGGACGGGUUUGAUGAAGAACAAAGGUGAAGUCGUUUGA